AAGCAGUAUUUUGGUCUCGAUCACGUUUUUGUUUGGUGGAAUCUGAUAAGAAUGAUGAAAUGACACUUGAUAUAGAAACUUGGCUUUCAUCUUCUGCUGUUGAAAUCAAAGGCACGCUUGGGUGGAAGGUAGCAACAGGAUCUGAUGACGGGGGCCCAGGAAAGGAGUCCAAAAACUCUGUGACAGUAUCAAAGAUGUGUCUUACUUUGACACGAACAUUGAAGAGAUUGACCACUUGUUAUCUGGUCCAAAUGGGUGAAGAAUGUCGAAAACAGUGGACCUGGGUACCAGGGAUGGCCGAAACCUUCAUCCUUUCUCUUUCAGACCCAGAUGAUAAUGUAAGGCAAUUUGGAAAGUCUAUGCUGGAACACGUUUCAAAUACCAGAGGUCUGUCUUGUGGGCUGAAGUUUCUCUGCUCUCAAAGUUCACACCUCCUAUUCGUUUCUUCCGGAGUUAGACAUGUCUUACAGCAGGUCCAUUUGAGCUCCGUUCUACAAAGCUUUCAGAUCUUGCACCAUUUUUUCUUUUUAUUGUUUAAGUUGCUGAAGGAAGAGGAGGUGGCAAUUACUGAGGGAGUGAAGAGUUCGGCAGGGGGAUUUUUGAGGCAACCGAACUUUAAUGCUUUGCCCGUGAGAGAGGGCAGAAAUUCCUCGAGUGCUACGCCGGAAUUGCUGAAGUUUCAUUACUUGCUGGCAGAAGUUGCAUGGGGCGUGAUAAGGAAGUGCCUAGUUGAGGGAAAGGCUUUUAUCCAUCAAAGUAUUUGCCAGAUGACAUGUGUGCGUUUGCUUGAGAUUCUUCCUGUUGUUCUGGGAAAACUUAGAGUAAGCGGUGAAGACUCCUGUGAUACUAGAGGAAGUUUGAAAGAUGCAUCUGAUCUUAAAUGGCUUCCUGAUCUCAUUGAUUGGGGAAGGUCACAACUUAAGGUUGUUGUUGCGUAUUGGAAACGAGCAUUAGUGGCUCUGCUAGACAUCUUACAAGGUUCAAACAGUGACGCUUGUUCCUCGGCUGUCCAAGCUAUCAGAAAUGUUCUACUCUCUGAUGAUGUUGACAUCGACCAAUUGGCAGAACAAAUCUCACGCCUGGUUCCCAAGGCAAAUGAGUACCAGAUUCUCAAACCUGUUGAUGUUGUUGGUAAAGUACUAGAUAAUAUGAUGGAUCUAACAGUGGAUGGGGCAGAAAAGGAAUCAUUGAAGGAGUUACCUAGUCUGCAUAAGUCCCAUCUACCUGAAAUCAAUAAAGCUCCUCCACCUAUCAAAAGUAUCUCACAGGUCUCUUCCAAGAGUACUUCUAGUAUGGAUGCUUCAAAGCUUUCAGCGUCAGUUCUCUCAGAGAGAGAUGUUAUAGUUAGCUCCAGUAAUAUUGUUAAGGAUCUUCCCCCGACAGACGCUGAGCCAAGCAAGGCUGCUAGUAUGAGUAGGGAAGCGGAAAAAAGACAGAAUAUGGAAGAUCCUGUUUCAGUUGGAAACAGACACAACUUAAAGAAGGCUACUGAUGAAAUCGUCCCUCGUGGAACUUCAAAAGAGGCUCAGAAAUCUGUGACUUCUUCCAAAGCAAAAGGAAUGGAUUUGAGAAAGAUAGUGAACGAGACAGAGGCUGAUCCACUGGACUUGGCUCUUAAACCUCGGAAAGUGCAGCCAUUACCCCUGGCAAAACCAGGGCCCAUUGUUCCCAAAAGACAAGUCAUUCAACUUUGUGCACCUAUCAAUAAGACAUCCGAUCGUUGGCAGAGGCAAGAAGCCGGAUUCAAACGUUUCAGACCACCAAGGCUUGAAGAUUGGUUUAGAAAGAUUUUGCAAAUGGACUACUAUGCGAUAGUGGGAUUGGCAUCAACAAAUAAAGAUGAGAAUCAGAAUGUUGGAAAGUUUAGGGAAGUUCCUGUACGCUUUGGUUCACCUGAGCAAUAUAUUCAGAUUUUUCAACCCUUGGUUCUGGAGGAGUUUAAAGCACAGUUGCAAAGUUGCUUCCAGGAGAUAUCGUCACUGGAGGAGAUAUAUUAUGGUGUUUUGUCAGUUUUAUCGAUUGAAAGGGUUGACGAUUUUCACUUUGUUCGUUUUAUGCAAGACGAAAAUGAUGGUACCAACUCGAAAAGUUUCUCUGAGAAUGACUUGGUUUUGUUUACAAAAGAGCAUCCAGAAAACAGUAAUGUUGGUGUUAAUAUGAUGGGAAAGGUGGAAGGAAGGGAAUGGGAUGACAAAAAACGGUCCAGCAUUUUGAAUGUACGCUUGUAUCUUCAGAAUGCGUCUUCACGUCUGAAUCUAGCUAGAAGGAAUCUCUUGGAACGUAGCCAGUGGCAUGCAAGUCGCAUUCUCAACAUUACAUCCCAAGUUCGCGAAUUUCAAGCUCUGUCAUCCAUAAAGGAUAUACCUGUACUUCCUCUGAUCUUAAGUCCUAUGAGUGAUGCUAAUUAUGAUUCCGAAGUUAAAAGAUCAGAUCUGCGUUCACUACCACAUUCUCUACAGCAAAUACUUAAAUCAUCUUUCAAUGAGAGCCAACUUCAGGCUAUUAGUGUUGCUAUUGGCUCAUCCAAUUUGAUGAAAGCUUUUGACAUUUCACUUAUUCAGGGUCCUCCAGGGACUGGCAAAACUCGCACUAUUGUUGCCAUUAUAAGUGGCUUGCUUGCAUCCGUUUCACAUAAAGCAAGUGGUAGGGGAAAUUCUGAACAAGAUCAUAGUUCUUCAACUUCUAGGCAGAGAAUGAAUCCGAAUGUCGCUAUUGCAAGGGCAUGGCAAGAUGCAGCUAUGGCUAAACAGCUUAAUGAUGACGGGGAAACAAAAAAAAAGAUAGCAGAAAAGAUUGGUAGAGGAAGGGUGCUGAUCUGUGCUCAGUCAAAUGCUGCAGUUGAUGAAUUAGUUUCAAGAAUAUCCAGUCUAGGUAUAUAUGGCGGGGAUGGGAAGAUGUUCAAACCUUAUCUUGUAAGGGUUGGAAAUGCAAAAACUGUUCAUCCAAAUUCAUUGCCCUUCUUUCUUGAUACCCUUGUUGAUCAGCGUUUGGGAGAAGAGAGAAUGCGGAUAAACGAAUCUAAGAGUAAUAAGGGUGCAGAUUCUUCUGCAAUACUGCGCUCUAGUCUAGAAAAGAUUGUCGAUCAGAUCACGCAUUUUGAAGCUAAGCGUGCAAACAUAAAUCAAGAAAGUUUAGACGCAAAAGAUAAGCCGGAGAAUGAACACCUCAACAAAGAUGAUGAUGGGAAGCCAAUGUCCGAUGCGGAGCUAGGAAUAAGAUUGCGGAGGUUAUAUGAGCAAAAGAGAAAGAUUUACAAAGAUCUAAGUGCUGUUCAGGCUCAAGAGAGAAAAGCUAACAAUGAAUUAAGAGCAUUGAAACAUAAGUUGCGGAAGUCCAUUCUUAAAGAAGCUCAAAUAGUUGUUACAACUUUAAGUGGCUGUGGAGGAGACUUGUACAAUGUGUGUGCUGAAUCUUUAUCGGGCCAUAAAUUUGGUAGUCCAUCUGAAGAUAAUUUAUUUGAUGCGGUAGUGAUUGACGAAGCAGCUCAGGCUUUGGAGCCCGCUACUUUGAUUCCUCUACAGUUGUUGAAGUCAAGAGGAACGAAAUGUAUAAUGGUUGGAGACCCAAAGCAGCUUCCAGCAACCGUUCUCUCUAACGUUGCAAGUAAAUUUAUGUUGGAGACCCAAAGCAGCUUCCAGCAACCGUUCUCUCUAACGUUGCAAUAUAGGAUGCACCCAGAAAUUUGUAGAUUCCCGUCCAUGCACUUCUACGAUGGCAAGUUACUAAACGGCGUCGACAUGUCAAACAAGUCAGCCCCGUUUCACGGAACUCGUCAUCUUGGACCAUACGUUUUCUAUGAUAUUGUUGAUGGCCAAGAGCAUCGAAGUGGAGAUUCUAGCUCCGUUUGCAAUGAACAAGAAGCUGAAGCUGCUGUUCAGCUACUUAGAUUUUUCAAGAAGAGAUACCCCUCUGAAUUUGUGGCUGGAAGGAUUGGCAUUAUAACUCCUUACAAACGUCAGCUUGCCUUCUUGCGUUCGCGUUUCACUGGUGCAUUUGGGGCUCAAGUAACAGCAGAUAUGGAACUGAAUACUGUGGAUGGUUUUCAAGGCAGAGAAGUUGACAUAUUAGUGUUAUCCACUGUAAGAGCUACACAUUCUGCUCCUGAAGGGAUCAAUCAAAGUCGAAUUGGGUUUGUUGCAGAUGUUAGACGCAUGAAUGUUGCCCUCACUAGAGCGAAACUCUCCCUUUGGGUUUUGGGUAACACACGAACCUUGCAAAGAGACCAUAACUGGGCUGCUCUUGUGAAAGAUGCAAAUGAAAGAGGUGUCAUCAUACCAGUUAAGCGGCCGUACAACUCCAUGUUCGGCGAAAAAUUGAUGGAUCAAAAUCAUUCUGAGAAUCUUCCAAAGAAAUUUCCUAACCCUGAGAAGCAGCAUUCACGUCGUAAGGAACAGAAAGCAGGGACAUUUGAUGAUAGAAAAAAGAGGAAAUCUGAUGAAGAAGUUGUGCCUCUCUCAUCAAAAGGAUCAGAGAGCAAGCACAGCAAACGAAAAGCCAAAGAAGAAGCUUCUUCUCAAAGGGGAAAACUAGUAGCAAGCAUGGAGAAAGUAACAUCCGAAGAGACUCUGAGAGGGAGCCAUGAAAAGAAAGAAAAAAUGAAAGUUAGGGAAAAAAGUAGUAAUCCAGAGAAUACAGAUGCAACUAGUUCGAAGAAAGAAAAUUCAAAUGAGUGGAAGAAAUCUAAAAAGGCUUCAUCAAACGGUAGCAAGAUGGCAAAUCCGACAGAUGAAGUUGGACAGAAAGAUAGACAGAUAAACAAAGGCAAUGCUUCAAAUCAAGGAGGUGUUGAAGAUAUGAUAUCCAAACGAAAGCAACAGCGUGAAGCUGUUGCUGCCAUUCUAAAUUCGUCUCUGAUUCCUUCACAUAAGCCCAAACCUCCAAAGCGACCAUUGUCCCCAGGUUCAACCGCUGGCAGUCAUACAAGACCGCCUAAGGCAAUCAAAGAGUCCAGCAAGAACAACAGUAAACAAAGAUAA